UUAUCUGGCCGGCUGCAUCUCGAUACAUAAAUGAUUUAAUAGAAAAUUUCAAGAAAAAUUCUAAAAACAAUAAAUAAAAUGGAUAAAACACCUAUAAAAUGGUUAAUUUUGGGCGGAGCAUUGCGUUAUUAUUUGGCCAACAGUGAAUUUGGCAAUAUAUUGGCAAAUCGUGUAGAAAUAGCAACUCCCUUAAAUUCCUUUAAAAGAGUACAAGAGGGCAUUUAUUUACUUAAACAAGGCACAAACCCUUACGAUGGUGAUAUGGUGCACGAGAUGCCCCUUAUGUUGUGGUUUCUAUUAUAUGCCUCCGAAUUUUUGCAGGGUUUAUUGCCCUUAUUGUAUGUAGUGGUGGAUAUUAGUACUGCUUGGAUUCUAUACAAAACAAGUAAAAUAUUUGUGCGCAAAAAAUUGCAACAACAAACACGCGAAAUGAAAUUGUAUGCCAAAGACACUGAGGAGCUGCAAUAUCAGCGCAUCGAUGAGAGUAAUAUACCCUUCCUAGUGCUCAUGGCUUAUUUGUUUAAUCCCAUGGCCAUUUUUAACUGUGCUGGUUUGACUUCUACAGUCUUUAGUAACCUAUUUCUGUCGUUGGCUCUGUAUGGUUUGGUGGAUUUUCGUGUAUUAAUUUUCUUCAUUUGUGUUGCCAUUGAGUUUCAGCGCAAUUUGUAUCCUGUGGUAUUGCUGGCUCCGGUUGUUUUGAUAUCCAAACAGGAUAAAAAGAUAAAGGGAAUUUUCCACACUAUUGCAUUUUUUGUUUUAUUAACAAUAUCCUUGUUUCUAUUGAACUACAAGGUAAUGGGAAAGAAUAAUUGGAAUUUUAUUGAUGGCACUUUGGGUUUUAUUUUCUUUUAUCGCGACUUGCAGCCGAAUAUUGGUUUAUUUUGGUAUUUCUUUACCGAAAUGUUUGAUCAUUUUCGCACUAUGUUCCUGGUAACAUUUCAAAUGAAUGCCACCGUUUUGUAUUUAGUGCCCUUGUCACUAAAGUUGCGCAAAGAACCCAUAUUGCUGGCCACCAUCUUAAUAGGUUUAAUGUCUAUCUUUAGGGCUUAUCCCUGCAUAGGUGAUGUGGCCUUUUACUUAGCUCUAUUGCCUCUUUGGAAAAGAUCCUGGAAAUUCAUGGCCCACAACUUUAUUGUAUUUUGUUUCUUUGUGGUUUCAUUAUGUAUGCUGCCAGCAUUGUGGCAUUUAUGGAUUUAUUCUGGUUCAGCUAAUGCCAAUUUCUAUUUUGGCGCCACUUUGGCCUUUUCAACUGGCCAGAUAUUCCUAGUCACUGAUUUACUAUUUGCCUAUGUCAAACGUGAAUUUUGCUUGUUUAAUGGACAGAAAAUCAUCGUGGAUGGCAAAGAGGCCAAAAUAGUUUUGGGUUAAUAGCUGUAGUAAAUUAAUUGGUUUAAAACAAACACAAAACAUUCUUUUUUUAGACUUUGUACAACAUUUUCCAACUACAUAUUUAAGAGUUUUUUUUUUGUAUUUAUUUAUAACAAGUAUUUUUUUGUAUUGUAGUUUUAAUUAAAAUUAUUAAAUACAAAUAUGCCAUGCAAUUAGUAAAAA